AAUUGACAGCAAGCCUAAACCUUUAGACUUAUUUCUGCAACUUUGGAUCUCCCAUCAAAUUACAAGUAUCAAAUCUCAAACCCUCCCCCAAAACCAAACCAAACCCAAAAGAACAAAAAUUCAAAGACAAUGCUCCUCUUGUUCCUCCAACAACCCAACUGACAAAAAUCUCAGACAGGCAGUUGUGGUGGUUUUGUUUGUUGGGGUCUCAUCUUCUUCUUCUUCUUCUUCUUCUCACUCCUCUUCUAAUGGUAAUUGUCCAAGCUUCCAAGCUCAGCCUCCCAAACCCUUCUCUCUCCUCCCCUCCCCAAAUAACUUCCCUCCAAUUUGAACCCCAUUCUCUCUCUCUAGCCCUCAUGCACUCUGACUCCACUUUCUCUCUCUACCCCUCUCUCCCCUCCCCUCUUUCCCUCUCCUCCCUCCCUCCUCCCCAAACCCUAAUUGCCCCUCCCUCAUCAUCCUCCACCUUCCUCCUUCUGCAAAACCCUAAUUCUAGCCCCAACACCCGGACCCUCUUCAUUGCCUCCGGCCCUCACAAAGGUGGGUCCCAGGUCCUGCUUAGGUUCUACAUUCUGCAGAACCAGAAGCAAUUCGUGAGGGCUCAAGUUGUUUGCACCCAGAAAGGGCUGAAAUUUGAUGGGAAAUUGGGGGUUUUGGUUGAUGCGCAUCAUGGGGUUUCGAUUAAGCUUGCCGGGUCGGUCAAUUUCUUCGCCAUCUACUCAGUUUCGAGCUCAAAGAUUUCGGUUUUUGCUGUGAAAGCAGUUGGCGAUGACGACAAUGGCGAUGAUGGGGUGGUUGUGAAGUUGAUGAGGUGUGCUGUCAUUGAGUGUUGCAAGCUCGUUUGGUCGAUUAGCAUUUCGUUUGGGUUCUUGAUCCUAGGAGAAGAUAAUGGAGUUAGGGUUUUCAACUUGAGGCAGCUUGUUAAAGGGCGGGUUCGAAAGGCCAAGAAUCUGAGCUCAAGUUCGAAAAAUGAGGGCCGAAAUUUGGGCUUGCCUAAUGGGGUGAUUGGUGACCAAGUGCAUAGUGAUGUGGGCGAUUGUGGAAAUAAGCAUGGAGGCAGUAAAUGUGGUGGCGUUGAGGGGAGUUUGGAGAUAAUUUGCAGUGGUAACUCAUGCGGGAAGAAUGAUAGGAAUUAUGUUUCUGUCAAGCAGAGGUCUGUUAAACUGAACCAAGACUCUUGUGAAGAGGGAGUAUGUUUUGUGGAAUUCAAGGGAAAGGAUUUUGAAACCUCAAAAUUGAAAAGAACAAUACCAGCAAAGGCAAUUUCUAUUGAAGCACUGUCCCCCAACAAAUUUUUAAUCUUGGAUUCAGAUGGAGGUUUACGCAUCUUGCACCUCUCCGGUCCUAUAAUUGGAUCAGAAAUAACAUCUUGCGUGCAGCAUUUGCCUCACAUUAUGAAAGUGCAAAAGCUGGCUGUUCUUCCUGAUAUAGAUUCAAGAACUCAAUCUGUUUGGGCAUCAGAUGGAUAUAAUUCUGUGCAGAUGAUGUUGGCAUCUGACGUGGAUAUUGCGGAAAAUGAGAAAAAUGACAGUGAGGAAAAGCUGAUUCAUGUCUCAGUUCUUCUCACAGUUUUUGCCAGUGAAAAAAUUCAAGAUCUUAUUCCUAUGGCUGCAAAUGCUAUUUUGAUUCUUGGACAAGGAAGCUUGUACACAUAUGCGAUUUCUUGAAGUUGCAUAGUUACACCCACCUUUUCUAAUUGGACUUCUGACUUCCGGGCUUAAAGGAGCUCUGCCAGUAUGAUUGUGAACCUGGGGUGCCCUUCUUGUGUUCUUUGAUUUCCAUGGUCCCUUGCGUUGUCUAUAUUACCGAAGUCAGGAGCUGCAGUUUCCCCUUUACUCUAAAGUGAUAAAGACUUUGAGAAUGCUGAGCUGUUGAAGGUGGUAUGGAAUCGGUGCCAGUUGGGUGUGUGCCAUUGCUUUCUGAAUUCUUAAGGUUGAUCCUUUCAGCAACUGAAGGCUACUUCUGUUGUUCAACCUAACUCCAUGAGCUACAACUUUGUCAUAUCUGAACGUAUUCGCUGCUGGUCCUUCUGUGUUGCCUCUGUCGAGCAUGUCUCUAUUCUAAGGUUGUCAACUGGAGAACUGAAGUGCAUUCGCCAAAGGUAAAAGAAGCUAUGAGACGGCUAGCAAGGUUUGAGACUGGUAUGGAUGAAACUCCAGACUUUACGAGACUUUCAGUUCUUAAAGCUUGCAAGGUCUGUAAUAACACUUCUAACUUCGCAGUUCUAUCCACAUAUUGACUCUGCGUAAUAACGCUUUUUGUUGAACUUUAUCCUUGCGAUUGUCUAGUACUGGUGUUGAUGAUAUGGAAAUGGAAAAUAUACUAGUUUUCAUCAGCA